CUCACUCCCCAACUCCCUCCCUCUUCUCGCUGUCACACUCUCCCUCGCUCCCUCUCUUUCUUUGGCAGUGUGGGGGCUCCGAUCGCUGAAUGACUGGGAGUGUGGUGGAAAGGAGGACCAGCAGGCGUACAGGAGGGGGAGAAAAACGAAGCAGACAAGAGCGUUCCAUGCUCAUGCUCUGGUGCAAGUCAAUGCUCAUGCUCUCUCUUUGUCUCUUUGUUUCCUUCUAACCGUAUGUACUCUGAGUGCUUCACACCCAUGUCGCUGCUGUAGACAGCAGCUUCAGACUCGUGGCUUGCUGGAUGGAGGCACAGGGAGGGGCAGGUAGCCCAGAUCCCAACAUAGAUGUUCAGAAACUGCUGAAGCCCUCCAGUUCAGGAGAACUCUCCAAAGAGCCAUCCCAUCAUCCCACGGGCGAGGAGGACGGCUUCACUCCUGGACACAUCUCAGGCCUGCUGCAUGUUGCUGAGAAAAGACAGCCCUUGAGCAGUGUGUCCUCCCUGGAGGUACACUUUGAUCUUCUGGAUCUGACGGAGCUCACGGACAUGUCUGACCAGGAGCUGGCUGAAGUCUUCGUUGAUUCAGAUGAAGAGAACCACAAUGAGUCAUUUGCAGCAGGCCACCGCAGCCACCACCCACCUCUGCAGAGGGGCGGCUACAUGCGCUCUCCCUCCUGGACACGGUGCGGCAAGGCUGAGCAGCAGCGCGACAGGAAGCACCACAGCGACUCGGAGAGCACCCAAAGCUACCGCACGCCCAAGCAGCCCUGAGAGCACUACUCCGCACUAGGAUGGAUCAAACAGACCCGAGAAACACACCCAACACUUCUGCCUGAUAUCAGGGACACACGCACACACACACACACGCACACGCACACACACACGCACACACACACACGCACGCACACACACACACGCACACACACACACACACACACACACACACAGCUGCAUUUGAAUAAUAUAGAGCCACGGUGCAAAAGACACUAACAUGUGCUCCCACUCGAUAUCUGUUAUGUGGAGAAGAACUGUCAUGUAGGCACUAGUGGAGCAAUACAGACUCAUACAUGUCUCUCCAUAUCCAUAUUGUUAGACAUUUUACUUCUCAAGGGCUUCCUGUCAAUUGGACUCUAUGGAGAUGAGUUUGGAAGGCCUCUCUGAUUUAUAGAGAAUUCAGUCCAAAAGAUAAUCUGGAAUAUAGAGCUCUAUAUGAUGCAAUGAGAGAGAAGCACUGAGUAAACGAGAGGAAAGUACAGACGAAUAGAGCUGGGAUGCUGCAGCAUAGGUCUUCUGGGUUGGAAGAGCAGGUCAAAAGUUGACUGCCAUGUAAUUUGUUGCCUUUAAAAGUAACAAGGUAAACUGUCAUAGAUUAUAGACUGUGAAAGGGAAUGCAAGAACACACUAUUAGCAAGGCAGAGGAGCUAUUAGAGUGGUCCCUCAAGAGCGGUAAGACACACCCACAUCCAUGCCCAAGAUUUUCAACAAACCUUUUUUUAACCAACACUGCAUACUCCAUAAAUAGUAGUUGUUCAAAAACAAAUGUAAAGUGAAAUGGUUACAAAAAUACUAGUUUCCAGUGACUGAAAUUGUCCAUGAAAAUGUUCUGUGAUGUAACGUUUUAUUUAAUUUGCUUUUUAAUUAAAAGCCCUUUUAAUUUCAGCCCUA